GUCUUAACAAAUAUAUCUUAUGGUUUUGUGUCGGCAUCGUUUUAAACAGUUGAUCUUCUGUCGCUGGAUGUUUGGCACUGUCUCUUCAGGGUUGGCUCAGUCUAAUUAGCCGCCAACCCGUGCCAAUAGUAAUUUUAUUCUUUACUUACCCGUAUAGUGGGAUUCCGGGACACUGUGUGCUCUAACGCCACACACUCAAUAUGUCCGCCGGGAAGGUCCACAUUUGAUCAGUAGGAAUGCGGUAGGCGGGGCUGCUAGGCUAGUGUCAAACUUUGGGAAUGACAGGAGUGCUGCAGGAUUCGCAAAGAAGGGGAAGUGUCGCCCGUGUUGCUCCUGUUUGGAUUACUUUGACUUCUUUUUACGCACAGUCUUUGGAUUCACCACCUUUCUACAGAUAGUACGGCUUCAGCAGACUCCUCAGCCAUGUCGGAGGACCUGAGCUCCCAACCCUGGUCCAUCAACAAAGAUGAUUAUGAGCUACACGAGGUGAUUGGGAGUGGGGCCACAGCAGUGGUUCAAGCAGCCUACUGUAUUCCACGCAAGGAGAAGGUGGCCAUCAAACGCAUCAACCUAGAGAAGUGCCAGACUAGUAUGGAUGAACUCCUGAAAGAGAUUCAGGCCAUGAGCCAGUGCCACCACCCCAACAUCGUGUCUUACUACACCUCAUUUGUGGUAAAGGAUGAGCUGUGGCUGGUCAUGAAGCUGCUCAGUGGCGGCUCCGUGCUGGACGUGAUCAAGCAUAUCAUCUCACGAGGAGAACACAAGACAGGCGUCUUGGACGAGGCCAGCAUAGCCACCGUGUUGAAAGACGUGCUUGAGGGCCUGGAGUACCUACACAAGAACGGACAGAUCCACAGAGAUCUUAAGGCUGGAAACAUUCUCCUCGGGGAUGACGGUUCAGUGCAAAUUGCAGACUUUGGCGUCAGUGCCUUUCUAGCCACAGGUGGUGACAUCACUCGAAAUAAAGUGCGCAAGACGUUUGUGGGAACGCCGUGCUGGAUGGCCCCAGAGGUCAUGGAGCAGGUGCGGGGUUAUGAUUUCAAAGCAGAUAUUUGGAGUUUUGGGAUCACAGCCAUUGAGCUCGCGACAGGGGCUGCACCUUAUCACAAAUACCCACCAAUGAAGGUCUUGAUGCUGACGCUGCAGAAUGACCCCCCAGCCCUGGAGACUGGCAUCACAGACAAGGAGAUGGUAAAGAAGUAUGGCAAAUCCUUCAGGAAGAUGAUCUCCCUGUGUCUACAGAAGGACCCAGAGAAAAGGCCAACAUCCUCAGAGCUGUUGAAGCAUAAAUUCUUUCAGAAGGCAAAGACCCAUGAGUAUUUACAUGAGAAGUUACUUCAGAGGGCGCCCACAAUAACAGAGAGGUCGAAAAGGGUAAGAGAGCAACAAUUUAAAUCAACACUUGUUGCUUUUCACCGAGGAGGCGAGCUCAGCUGUGUGCAUAUGUGUCGUCAGGUACGUCGAGUGCCAGGUUCCAGUGGUCGGCUGCAUAAAACGGAGGAUGGCGAAUGGGAAUGGAGCGAUGAUGAGCUGGAUGAAGAAAGCGAAGAGGGCAAAGCAGCCGUUGCUGCCCUGAGGUCACCAAGAGUGAAGGAGGGAUCACAGAAUUCAGAGGUUUUCCAGACUCCCGAACCUUUAAGUAGUCAAGUCCAGCCGGUGGCCGCAGGUCAGGCAGAACUACCUCAGGCUGCAGGCCAGGUCCCACUGCAGCCCACACCAGUCAACACUCAAUCCACUGCCCAGGCUGCAUCUCCUGCACCAGGCGUGCCCGCUGCUGCUGCUGCUGCUGCUGCUGUGCCCACACAGGCUGUCUCAGGGGAUGUCAAGGCUCCCAUUAGUUUGGUAUUAAGGUUAAGAAAUUCAAAGAAGGAGCUAAACGACAUCCGCUUUGAAUUUAUGCCAGGGAGAGACACAGCAGAUGGUGUGUCCCAGGAGCUAGUGUCAGCAGGCCUGGUGGACGGGAGGGACUUAGUAAUAGUUGCUGCAAAUUUGCAGAAAAUAGUAGAUGAGCCUCAAGCCAAUAAAAAUGUCACUUUCAAACUGGCUUCUGGAAUCGAGGGAUCUGAAAUACCAGAUGACGUCAAAUUGAUGGGCUUUGCUCAGCUCAGCAUUAGUUUAAUGCUUUAAUUAGAACUGUUGUUCUACCUGGGACCGUGACUUGCCUAAAAAAUGUGAAAAGUACAAAAAAAAAUAGUUUAAUGCAUUUUUUCUUUCUAUGGCCGUAAAGAAACCACUACUGCCAAAGAAAACAGUACCGUUUUGUCACCCAUAGGAUUAUACAAGGCCACCACCUUGAAUUGGGUGGUCGGCUGAAGUAUCAGAGCGUACAGUGUAAGAAUCACUCAAAAAAGUUUACAGCGUAUAUGUAGAAGGAUGCAGGUAUCUACAGCAAACUACAGUUUCAUUUACCAUUCUGGUCUCCCUCAUUCUGUUAUUUUUUCUCUAAUAUGUGAUGCAUUUGCACAAUCUGAACUAACGCCCUUGAAUCCUGAUAAGUGUAACAAUGCCUUAUAGUCAUCAGAACUACUGAAUGCACGUUUCGGGGAAAGUCCCCAGUUACCAUAUGGAGCAUUAUGUUGUCUGAAGUGUACAAAUGUGGUUUCAGUUGCUCGUAUCAAACUUUUUACUUUAAUCUUCAGAGGUGGUCAGAUGCAGCCGACUUAACUGACUAGAAUUGAACUUUUAGGCACACUUCUGUACUUAUCUGAAAACAUUUCCCCACAAUGAGUGAAACUGGUUUUUCAGAAGGUUGUGAACGCUCCCUACAGUAACAAUCAUUAAAGGAUGAGGCUGGUUUUACUCUGUAUUGUUCUUAUCACCAACAAAUGCCAUGAAAAGACCAAAACCAACAAUGUGUUAGUCCGUCUCACCAUGCUUUUGGACUCCCCUGCAUUGUCUAUGGUCCACUCGUUCCUAUGGGAGGCGCAAAUCUCCAAAAUUGGGUCACAAAUGUAUAGUUUCAUUGUUUUUUCUCACGGCAAAGUAAUGUCCUGAAACAUCUGGGCACUGUAGUUUUUAUCAAAUGUUGCUCAAGCAGAAGUAAGUGGUGCUUUUGUUUGGGGACUAUUUUCAGCUGCGGAUCAAUACACAUUUGGUGCUCUUGUGAGCAUUUGCAGCAGCAGGAAUAAAUGUAUUUGCGUUAAGAUACACAGACAGGACUUUGUGGGAUUUGUUGACAAUAAGAAAGAUAAUGAGUAUUGCCAGUCUUAUCCUGAGGCAACUCAAUGACGCUAGUUUUAAAUUAUUACACAUAUAUAGAUUACAGCACAGUACUUCAAUUGAUAUGGACUUGAACAUGUUUACGAAAGGAGCGUAAGAUAAGGCUGACUUUUGUCUCGAUUUUUACCUUCAAAGAAGGUAAGAAAACCAAAUCAGCCUCCGCCUAGUUCUCGUAAAUCUGAUUCGACUUUGAAGUCGCAGUGAAGUGAAAAGUUGAACAGCAGCUGAAGCCACGAGCGUUGUAUGAGCAGAUAUGUCUGUCUGUUGGUAUUAGUUUGUGCCUGUUUGGAAUCAGUUUCUCAAAUUCUGAAGAAAAAAAAAAGACUUAAGUGCAUUUUUUUUUUGUUUAUGUGGAUGAAACAUAAGUACUUGAUUUAACCUCUAGUAUGUAAAUAAUGACAUUUGGCUUUGAUUUGUUUUUAUACUGGGUGUUUCACUCUUGGCCUUUUUUCUGUCCUUUGACACGAUUGUGGGUUGUAGCGCUGCGUGAAGGAAGACGGUGAAGCUGCAAGUUUAGCUUUGAAUGCUCUCGUUUUGCAGGACGCGCUGUCGCUCGUAUAUAUUGAAUAUAUUUGACCGUGGAGCCACAGCUGUCCUGAUGCACUGCUUGUUCACCUUAAAUUUCCCAUAAUUUUCAAAUUUGUCUCCAACACUUAAUAGUACGAAGUGAAGGCUGUUUCCUCAUCUGAAGUCACACAGCUGCUUUAUUACUUGCUUAUAAUUUUCUAAACGGCUAAAAUGAAGAUUUCUCGUCCUACAGUGUUCAAGCAGCUCAGCUGUGACUGUAGACAUUUUGAACGAUCAGAAAUGUGUUUUGAAUUCAGAUGAAAAAGGUCCUUAUCAGCACAGAUGUUGCAUCCUUUUAACCACGCUCUGGAUGCUUUCUGUUGAAUGUGCAUCUCGCAGUUAUUGGCGCGACGGCGGCGGCAGGUUCAUUUAACACUCGGCUCUAAUGUGUAGAUCUGAAACGCCAGCAAGGUUUUACUGUUUAAUUUGGUGAUGUGAUAAUGUCAUAACCCUCCAGAUGCCAUAUUUUUCUUUUUGCUUGCAGAUAAACUGUUAAGAGGAAAUCUUUGUAUUUUGACUUUAAACAUGUUAAAUUUUACGCUAGCCUUAAAUUGAAAAUGACCAAGUGUUUUUUUUUUUUUGACAUAUUGUCAAAGUUUCAAUUCAGAUUUUCAAUGUCUUUUGAAAUGUAGUUCUUGUUACACGUGAGGAUGCCUGAAAUAAAGAUAUACAGGUGUGUCGA